AUGGAUUCCCCCAUUGAAAUCUCCAACGGCCACCUCCCACACCUGCAAUACAUUGAUUUGGCCUUUGAUAACGAGUCUUUGGACGACUCAGCUCGUACCUUGGUCUAUAGAAUACAGCCAAAAUGGAGGGACAGUCCCGGCAAUAUUGAAAUUGUCAAGUUCACCGAUGGCAUCACAAACACUCUGCUCAAGAUUGCAAAACACACCCCAGGCCUUUCGGAAGCUGAAAUCGACCGCGACUCUAUCCUCCUCCGUGCCUAUGGCAACCAUACCGAGAUAAUCAUCGACCGAGAUCGAGAGGCCCGAUCACAUGCUUUGUGUGCAGAACGAGGAUUGGCCCCUCCCCUGUUGGCAAGAUUCAAAAACGGGCUCUUAUACAGAUUCAUCAUUGGUCAAGUCUGCACUCCUCGGGACCUGAUCAGUGAACCUAUCUGGCGCGCGGUUGCUAAGCGCUUAGGUGAGUGGCAUGCGCGUCUGCCCAUCUCCGCCGUGGUGGAAGAGGAGAAGAAGAAGAAGAAUGUCUCGAAUGGCGUCAACGGCCAUGACCUGAGUGGUAGUCUUGCUUCGAGGCGCCCUGUACCAAAUAUCUGGUCAGUAAUGCAGAAAUGGGUCCAUGCUCUUCCCUGCGACACUCCCAAACAAGAGACGCGCAAGGAGCUGCUCCAGAACGAACUAGAUCGGUCGUUCCACGACCUGGACAACGAGCGAGGUCCCGGCUCGUCGGGGUUGGUCUUUGGCCAUUGCGACCUGUUAAGUGCAAAUGUUAUCAUGCUGCCAACGAACUGUGCCAGUAGUAAGCCGGGUGGCUCGAGGCAGGUGUCGUUUAUUGACUACGAAUAUGCCACACCUUGUCCUGCAGCUUUCGAUAUUGCCAACCACUUUGCCGAAUGGGGUGGCUAUGAUUGUGAUUACAACAUGCUGCCGACCCAAUCCAUGCGCCGUCAAUUUCUCCAAGACUACCUCAAGUCGUACAAAGCCCACAGCGACACCCGGGUCCCCAGCAACAUGCUGGAUGUUUUGUGCGAUGAGGUUGACCGAUAUCGUGGCAUGCCAGGCUUCUACUGGGGCGUCUGGGCUCUGAUCCAGGCCACCAUUUCCGAGAUCGAUUUCGACUAUGCUUCGUACGCCGAGGUCCGACUGGGCGAAUAUUAUGCCUGGAGGGCGGAAGAAAGCGGCAGUCGGGUCCAACAAGGGCAUGAAAUGCCUCUGCGAGAAAGACGGUGGGCAGAAGAAUGA